AGGAGAGGGCGACAAUUUCCGCGGCGAAGCGGCCGAUCUUGGAGAAGAUGACUGUCGCUUGGUGCUGUCUCCUCGUCGGUUUCGCUGCCAUUGCCGUCGUUCAAGUUCACUGCCAGUUACCAGACACUCAAGGGUUUAUAAGCAUCGACUGCGGGAUCGAAGAGGGAUCUACUUACAGCGAUCCAAUCACCAAUCUCACCUACGUCUCCGACGGCUCCUACAUCGACACCGGCGUAAACGCGAACAUCUCGAGGGAACACGUCACCGAGCAGCAAGCUAGAAGUUUCCUCAACGUGCGAAGCUUCCCGAACAGCAGCCGCAACUGCUACGACAUCACCGGGAUCACGAUAGGGUCGAAGUACCUGCUGAGGGCGAUGUUCAUGUACGGGAACUACGACGGGCGGAACAGUCGGUCGAUCUCGUUCGAUCUCUACCUGGGGGUGAAUCUGUGGAAGACGAUCAACUUGACGGACCCAGCGACGACCUUCUGGACGGAGGCGCUGGCGGUGGCGCUGGACGAUGCGUUCUCGGUGUGCCUGGUGAACACGGGGAAGGGGACGCCGUUCGUGUCGGCGAUGGACGUGAGGCCGUUGAGCGACGGCAUUUACCCGGAGGUGAACGCCACCCGCACCAUGGUGGUCUUCGAGAGGCUUAACAUGGGACCCACCAGUGGGAUCAUCAGGUAUCCCGACGAUAAAUACGACCGCUUAUGGGAUUCCUACAUCAACAUCCCCCUCUGGACCGAGAUAUCCACCAACAGCACCGUUAACAACCUCGCUAUUGACUUUUUCGAGGCGCCGUCUGUGGUGAUGCAGACGGCGGUGACCCCCGCGAACUCCAGCAAUCUCUAUUACUCGUGGAAGUUGGAUCCGGGCGAUCUCAGCGAGGUCUUGGCCGUCUUGUAUUUCUCCGAGUUCCUGACCCUCACCGGCAACAUGUCGAGGCAAUUCUACAUUUACCUCAACGAUUUUCUCUGGUACAACCAACCUUUCGACACGCCUCUUCUCUUAAAGAACUACGUCUACGGCCUCAAUCCCAUCGUCGGAUAUCAGCAGUACAACAUGACUCUUCAGGCGCUGAGCAAUUCCACCCUGCCGCCUAUCCUCAAUGCAAUGGAGAUCUUGACCAGGAUGGGCGACUCAAAUGUGGCAACGAAUAGUGAAGAUGUUGAUGCCAUACUUACAAUAAAAGAGUUGUAUCAGAUCAAAAGAAAUUGGAGAGGAGAUCCUUGUUCUCCAAGAGGGUUUGCUUGGGAUGGAAUAAAUUGUACUUUUAGCUUAUCUGAUCCUCCAAGGAUCACAAGCAUAAAUGUGUCCUCAAGUGGAUUAACUGGUACAAUAAAUACUGCAUUUGCUAGGUUUGGAGAAAUCCAGUACUUGGACUUGUCAAACAACAACAUAACAGGGACAAUACCUGGUUUUCUAGGGCGUUUAUCUUCGCUCAAACUCCUAGAUUUGACUAAUAACAAUUUAACUGGAUCCAUUCCUUCUGAACUUCUUGCAGAAGCACAAAAUGAAUUGCUCACAUUGAGAUUUGAAGGAAAUCCUUAUCUUUGUUCUGAUGGAAGUUCAUGUCAGCUAAUAGCAUCAUCAACAAAGAGGAAGAUAUCAACACCUGUAAUUGUAACUCUUUGUGUGCUUCCUCUCCUGAUGUUAGUUUUGGUGGUAUUCCUUGUCUGGAGAUACAGAAAGAAAAAGGGAUAUGGGAUUGGUAAUCCUGUAAACCAACAAAAACGACCUAUCUUCAACGAAAUACAGAAGCACCAAGAGGUCCAAAGCAGCCCACUGCAAUUUGAGAAUCGCCAAUUCACGUACUUGGAGUUGAAGGAUAUAACAAAUAAUUUCAACAGAGUCCUUGGUGAAGGAGGAUUUGGGACUGUCUACUAUGGGUGCUUAAAAGAUGGUCUUGAAGUGGCAGUGAAGAUGAGAUCUGAAGCAGCACCUCAAGGACCUAUGGAAUUUCUUUCUGAGGCCCAGUUUCUGUUGAGGGUUCAUCACAGAAAUUUAGUUUCUAUGGUUGGCUACUGCAAGGAUGGAAACUAUAUGGGACUCGUAUAUGAGUAUAUGGCCCAAGGAACUGUACGAGAUCAUUUGAAAGGAAGAACACAGAACAUGACAUCUUUAAGUUGGCAGCAGCGUCUCCAGAUUGCAGUUGAAUCUGCACAAGGACUGGAGUAUCUGCACACGGCCUGCAAACCACCUAUCAUUCACAGAGAUGUCAAGACAGCAAAUAUACUCCUGAGCGAAAGGUUCGAGGCAAAGAUAUCAGAUUUUGGAAUAUCAAAGACUUUAAGCGAGGCAGACACUCAUAUAUUGACCAUAGUGAUGGGAACAGCAGGAUACUUGGAUCCAGAGUACCACGUUACCAGCCAGCUCAGUAGCAAAAGUGAUGUUUAUAGCUUUGGGGUGGUCAUUUUGGAGCUGGUGACCGGGCAAGCUCCAAUCGUAACCAGCGCAGAUAAGGCACACAUCUCAGUAUGGGUCCGCCAAAGGCUCACCCGAGGAAACGUAGAGGACGUUGUUGAUCCAAGACUGCACAAUGAGUACGAUGUGAAUUCUGUCUGGAAGUGCAUCGAUACCGCACUAGGAUGCCUGGCAAGAGCACCCCAAGCAAGGCCGACCAUGGGGAAUGUGGUUGCACAGCUGAAGAGCAGCUUGGAACUAGAGAACCUUCGUAUUAAGAACGGUAACUCUGUCGCUAGCAGUCAGUCGAUGUUCACGUCGAGCUACUAGAUGUAAACCAGAUUAUUGCCCCUUGAAGUACAGAACUGUCGCUGUCUUUGUCAGUUACCUCGAUCCUUGAUUAUACUCAUAGCUUGUAUGAUUCCUCCGAGAUUGUUAAACUUAAAAUCUAGAGUUGAUCUUCUUCUUUUCUCUAAGAAAGAUACGAUGUAAGGAAUACUGUCUUCUAAAUAAAUAAAUCAAGGAAUUGUUUAGAUUA